ACGUGUCGCACGCAAAGCACAGUGAUCUCUGCCCAGAGCCCAACAGUGCGCGCGUGAACGUCAUCUCCUCCGUGAUCGCGAGUUCCGUCGGAGGAGGAACGGAAGUUUACAUCAAACGAAUAAAGUGCAUGUGAGCAGGGCAGCCUGCAAGUGAACGUUUCUGUUCCGGGCGUUUUUUGAGCGAUCGACGAUCAUCAUGAUCGGAAUAAAGUACCUCAACGAUGCUCACCUGAAGGGCUUCGAAAAGUACAAGUACAACUGCGUGGACACUAGUAUUCUUAGCGUGUAUGUUAUGCACCCGUUCUGGAACAAAGUGGUCCUGUUUUGUCCCCGAUGGAUCGCGCCCAAUUUGCUGACCUUUACCGGCUUCCUGCUGACGGUGGUGAACUUUUUCCUGAUCGCGUACUAUGACUACGAUUUCCGGGCGGCCACCUUAUCACCCAUACCCGUGCCCGAUUGGGUGUGGAUGCUGGCGGCCAUAAACCUGUUCGUGGCCUAUACACUAGACGGUAUCGAUGGCAAGCAGGCACGAAGAACCGGGACCAGUGGACCCUUGGGAGAGUUGUUCGAUCAUGGGCUUGAUUCCUACUCGGCGGUUCUUAUACCGAUCUACAUGUUUAGCUUGUUUGGAACCGCCGAUCUGCCACCGGUGCGCAUGUACUUCAUCACACUCAACGUAUUUCUUAACUUUUAUCUGCCGCACGUGGAAAAGUAUCUCACCGGUGUGAUGUUUCUGCCGUGGGGGUACGAUUUCGUCAUGUGGGGUGUAUCGAUCACGCUCGCUAUCACCGGCAUCUUUGGGGCAGAGUUUUGGCAGAUUCCAAUCUUUGGCGUAAAACCGUGCCACGUCUUCGAAAUGACGCUCUACGUGUCCGCAGUCAUCACUAGUCAUCCUAUUAUAAUCUACAACAUCUACAAAUCUUACCGCGACAAAACGGGCAAAAUGCGAACAUUCAGCGAAGCGAUUCGACCACUGAUCCCACUCAGCAGCCUGUUCGUCCUUUGCACUGCUUGGGUGUUGUGCUCCCGGAACGGGAUCAUCGACAUGGAGCCUCGGUUGUACUUUGUGAUGUGUGGCACGCUGUUUUCGAACAUCUGCUGUCGCCUGAUUGUCUCACAAAUGUCCGACACCCGGGCGGACCUCUGGAACGGACUGCUAAACCUGCUGUGCGUCGUCACGUUCUUCUCCAUCCUGCCGUAUCCUGCUAUCGGCCUACCUGACCUGAACGUCGAACUCGAGCGAUACCUGCUGUACGGGUUGACAACCUGCGUAACGAUCGCGCACCUUCAUUACGGCACCGGUGUGGUACGGGAAAUGUGCCACCACUUUCGGAUUCGCUGCUUCAAAGUAAGACCGGACGAUACUAAACCCACCGCCACCACUAAUAACCUAGACGUUAACCGUAACGGUAGCUAUCCUAACAAGCAUCAUCUUAACCACCGCCAGAGAAAAGUCGAAUAGUGCGGCAGUAGUCUGUAGAGCGCCGGCCAGAGAGACAAUGCUAGAACCCUAAUACGAACUGACCAUGAACAACCCCGAAUCACUCAACCUCGGUCACCCGGCGGUUUGAGACCGGCGAGUUUUCCGGAAUGUCCGGAACGACACCGCACCUUCGCCAAAACUGUUGUUGUCUGCCAUCCCGUGUGUGUAUGUGUUGGUGGGUUGAUGCAAAUGUUCGAAGCGAACCGAUGCAUAAAUGUUUCGUUUCAUUCGCAAGUAAUCAACAUUCCCCAGGUAGCGAUACCAAUCACCGGUAGGCCGUGUUUUGUGAUGCUUUUACCGAGCGCUGGCUGCAUAUGCUGUUGCUUAUGAUUAACAAAUAGAUACUCGUCGCAUGGUGCUGUGUUUUUGCAUAUAGGUGUGACCACCCGCCCCCGCCCUUAGGUUAUCCGUAGUUUAGUUUUGUGUCAUCCUGUCC